GGAGGGGUGCGCUUGCAUGUGUGGUCUGUGCGUGUUUUAAGUGAUCGUUGCCCGGGCUGAAUGGUCAGUCCGAGGAAUCGGUGGAGCGCACCGGCGCGUUCGUACGCUCGCCGAAGGGACGCACUCCGGCAGGUCCAGCCCCACUCGGAGGGUUCGGCGUGCUGCCCGCCUCCCUCCCCUCCUUUUUUUCUAACGGAAAAGAAAGGUUCCCAGCUACGCUCGGAGAGCGAUCGGAGCAAAUCCGGCACAGAACGGGGGGGCCAAGCCGAGCGCCGCACUCCAAGGCGAGAGGAGCGGCUUUAAGCGGCGGCGGCGGCCGCUGCUCCGCACUCCGCGCAAAGAAGGGGCGACGAGCAAGACCGCCGAGGGUGAGGCAGCCAAAGGCCGUUGUUCUCACCCAGCGGCCAACAUGGACCAAGAGCACUGACCUGAAGUACCAGCCUGGUGGUGCCUGGCAAUGGGUUGUGUGCAAUGCAAGAAGAAGAAGGCCAAUAAGAACCAGAGUAAUGGCGGCAGUGAUGGGACGGCGAACCCUACCACCAGCUCCUGCUACGAUCCUGACCCCGUCCAGCCGAACACCUUCACGCGGAUCCCCGAUUUCAACAACUUCCAGGGGACGCCCGGGCCUUCCACUCCUGCCCUCAUGGGGGGCUCUGGGUUAUACCCCACCCCCUCUCUGAAUAUGCACGGAACUGGGAUUGCAGGUGGAGGAGUGACCCUUUUUGUUGCCUUGUACGACUAUGAAGCCAGAACAGAGGAUGACCUGACUUUUACGAAAGGGGAAAAGUUCCACAUAAUCAAUAAUACGGAGGGCGACUGGUGGGAGGCAAGGUCCCUGAGCACAGGCGCAACAGGCUACAUUCCCAGCAACUACGUGGCCCCUGUGGACUCCAUCCAGGCAGAAGAAUGGUACUUUGGGAAAAUUGGCCGCAAGGAUGCUGAGAGGCAGCUUCUGUGCUACGGUAACGCCCGAGGGACCUUUCUCAUCCGUGAGAGUGAGACUACCAAAGGUGCCUACUCACUGUCAAUCCGGGACUGGGAUGAAAUGAAGGGAGACCACGUCAAGCAUUAUAAGAUCCGGAAACUGGACAAUGGGGGGUAUUAUAUCACUACUCGGGCCCAGUUCGAGACUGUACAGCAGCUUGUCCAGCAUUACAUAGAGAGAGCUGCAGGGCUUUGCUGCCGCCUCGCCGUGCCGUGCCACAAGGGGAUGCCUAAGCUGGCAGACCUGUCCGUCAAAACCAAAGAUGUUUGGGAGAUCCCACGCGAAUCGCUGCAGCUCAUCAAGAAGCUGGGCAAUGGGCAGUUUGGGGAAGUGUGGAUGGAAUACAAUGAUGGUCUUUGCUACCUACUAACCAAGGUCUGUCCCAAUUUGAAGCCCCAGACUAUGGGACUCUCUAAGGAUGCGUGGGAAAUCAUGCGCGAGUCCAUACGCUUUGACAAGAAGCUUGGCAUGGGAUGUUUUGGAGAUGUGUGGAUGGGUAAGGCAGGGGUCUUGUGUAUGUGUUCUCCUGCACAGAGUUCUGGGGAGGAGGGGACUAUAGAUAUUGGGAACCCCAUAGAGCUACCGAACGAGCUGAUUUUUGAGGGUGAUGCUGGGGUGGUUCAUUCUGAUUUCUGUCAUCACACACUUCUCCCAUUUCUGUUUUCAGUCAGCUCCAUUCUGAUCUGGCCAUGUUUUUUCUACAUCGUCACUGAGUUCAUGAGUCAAGGGAGUUUGCUGGACUUUUUGAAAGACGGAGAUGGCCGUUUUCUGAAGUUACCCCAACUGGUGGACAUGGCGGCCCAGAUUGCAGCUGGAAUGGCCUACAUUGAGCGGAUGAACUACAUUCACCGAGACCUUCGUGCGGCCAACAUUCUUGUGGGUGACAACUUGGUGUGCAAGAUCGCCGACUUUGGCCUAGCCCGCCUCAUUGAGGACAACGAAUACACCGCCCGCCAAGGUGCCAAAUUUCCCAUUAAGUGGACAGCGCCAGAAGCUGCUCUUUAUGGCAAGUUCACCAUCAAGUCCGAUGUGUGGUCCUUCGGCAUUCUUCUCACUGAGCUUGUGACCAAAGGGCGGGUGCCCUACCCAGGCAUGAACAACCGGGAGGUCCUGGAGCAAGUCGAGCGGGGCUACCGCAUGCAGUGUCCUGCAAACUGCCCGCCCUCAUUGCAUGAGCUGAUGGUGCAGUGCUGGAAGAAGGAGCCGGAGGAGCGCCCCACCUUUGAAUACCUCCAGUCGUUUCUUGAAGACUACUUCACUGCCACAGAGCCUCAGUAUCAGCCAGGAGACAACCAGUAGCAGUGGCCAAAGGAAUCGGCUGGGGAUCUUGACUGCGGACAGUCUGGCCACGGGGGCCUCCCCGGGGAAUAUGCUCUGGGACUUGGCCAGCUACAGAAUUUACCUUUUUAUCCUCUCAGGCCCAGAACUGAGAAUCUCUUUUUGUACAACUCUGGUUGGGCUCUUAUUUCUUCUUUCUCUUUUCUUUCUUUUUAUAAAUCAAUUUUGGUUUUUUAAAAAAAUUGUGACAUGGUGUUUUUAAGCUUUGCCUCUUUUGGCUGGCCGGCUGACAUGCUACACGUGCUACGUUUUGGACAUAUCAAAAGGACAACAAGCCACGUUUGGGGAUGGGAAAGAAAGCAAGUUUUGUACAUGGUGUUGUCUCUUACUCCAGCGACCCGCUUUCCGCAGUUUUUCCCAACUGGGAUUGUCCAUAGGGCUUGAACCGGUCCUCCCAUCAGCCCCAUCCAGCGCAUGGUCAGCGUACAUGGUAAUAGGGCUUGAAGUCUCAAAUGCCUGGAGAACAAUGGCCGAGGAAGACGUUUGUGCUACUACAGCCAUGUUGGGGAAAUAAUGGUCCUCCAGAUAUUACUAAAUGGUAAAAACUGUCAUCGCCUACCGUUGGCCAUUCUGUCUGUGACUGAUGGGCGUUAGAGUUCAGCAGUACCUGGAAGGCUAAACAUUCCCUGCCUCUGUUCCAUAUCAUUCUGGAGGUAUUGAUGAUGGGAAACUACCCUUUCUUUCCCUUUCCAUCAGCCUCACAAUCCCAGUGCUCCACUUUGGGCCAUCUCCUCUGCCUUGCCCAUGGGCCAUCUCCUGGAAUCAAAGCGGGUUUCGUGAUGGCGUUGUAGUGAUCUUAACAAAGAGUUCAACACCUGGUGAAACCAGUACAGGACAUCUGAAAAUGCUAACCUGAUAAUACCAGGAGAAUCCUGCAAAGUUAACGUGGCAUUCUCCUGAUAGGCUGGACUACUGCUUCCAAAAAAAACCCCAGAAGGUGACUGGCUGACAUCUGAUUAGGGAAAAUGGGAUUUGUAGUCCAAUAUGUCAAGAAGGUGAUGGGUUGAGAAGCCUGAAUUAAUGAGUCAUGAGCUGGCUAUGCUACUUUCCACUGUCCUUAAAAAACACACUUGCCAGCCUGCCUCGCCCACUAAAACACCUUGAGACAGGUUGUUUCUGUGUUCCAUGCCUUCAAUUGCUCUUCUUCACCUCCUCCCCCCACCAUGUUUUUGACCAGUGCCAAUAUCAUUAAAGCCAUAACCUUCUGGCUGCAUGUUCCAAAAUGCAGCUUGAAUUGGACAUGGGUUGUCGGCCAGGGACUUCUUUAUUUCUUGGAUUCCGGUUCCCAUAAUUCACCAGGAAUUCACCCAGCCAGAAUUCUGAGGCUUUAGCCAAGAAAUUAAUGCUCUCACUGGAGUUUUCAAUUAAACAUAGGUAGAGAAUGAAGGCCCCCCAAUAGUCAUUAUCAGCUUGUGAGUUAGAUAGAGGAAGUAGCUGGGAAGGGCUAAGAUCUGUUGGAGCUAUAAAGGAUUAGGGGGCUGGUAGUCUCUUUAGCUGUUAGACUCUGUUCAGGGUGCCUCUCAGAAAAUUACCGGUCCCUUACUCCCUUGCAUCUCCCAUAGAGUUUAACAACACUCACCCAUUUCUUCUUCCUUCUUCACAAGCAGAUAAUGGCUGUAAGAGUCUUUAUUGCUCGUUUGUGUUUAUCUAAAAAAAAUUUGUAAAGACAUUGAAUUUCUUGGCGAAAGCCCUCAGAAUUAUGAGCAGAGAAAUUCCUGGUGAAUUCUAGAGCUUGAAGUCCAAGACAUAUGAAAAGCCCGUGCCUAAUGGGAGGUCCAAAGAUGAGAUCUGUAUCUGAUGCCUUUUAAGUCCCAUUGACAGAAGGAGGAGGGACACGGAGUGCCUAAGAAAUGCAUUUGUCAAAUGUCUGUUCUGAAGUGGUGCAUUCAUAUAGCAGGUGUUCCUUAGUAUUACAGAGGCUCAGGUACCAUCGCAACUUGUCUUUUCUGGAUGACAGCACCAAGAAUACCUCUACUUGCCUGCUAUGCUGUCUGGGGGAUUCUGAGAGAUAUGGUGGAAGGAAGGAAGGAAGGAAGGAAGGAAGGAAGGAAGGAAGGAAGGAAGGAAGGAAGGAAGGAACUUCCACACACUGGGCACUAUCAACUGGAAGUUAGUAAUGACUUGAGGAAGCAUCCAUACUAAUACGUACUUGCAAUUCCUUCUGUACAGCAGAUGCUAAAACCCAGCCGUGAGGAAUGUGUGAUGGCGGGCUGCACUUCCUGUCAGCCCUAGCUGCCAUAGGUGAAGGUGAAGACUGGUGGGCGUUGCAAUCCAACAAUAUCUGGAGAGACAAACAUUUCCCCUCCCCAAACUACAAUUCCCAGGAUUCUUUGAGGGAGAAAUGAAAAUUAAGCCAAUAGACAAGUGAUAGAAGAUUCCUAAGCAGUGCUAGAAUUUGUGAGUGGUGAUGAAGGUAGAGAUGUGGUUAUCUCAUGGACUAGGAUGUGCAGGAUGCUUCCCCCCCCCC